AUGUUCUCGUCGAACCCCACCAUCGGCUACGGCGACAUCGUCCUCGUCUUCAUCUCUCGAGGCAACAUCAAGCCCACUGUGGUUACUGAGGAUGAAGUGAUCAACACCCGCUACGGCCAUUUUGCCCAUAACGACAUGGUGGGUGCGGUGUGGGGAACCCAGCUCGCGGGCCAGGGCGGCAAGGGGUUCGUCCAUUUGCUCCGCCCCACGCCCGAAUUGUGGACGUUGUCGCUCCCCCACCGGACCCAGAUCGUCUACACUCACGACAGUCUGUAUAUCAUGCAGAGAAUGGAGGUCCAGGCGGGGCUGAGGGUGCUUGAGGCCGGCACGGGGAGUGCCCUGUUUACCCACGCCUUUUCCCGUACCGUGGCCGACCAAGGACACUUAUACACUUACGAGUUCCACGAGCCUCGUUACCUUGAAGCUAAAGCCGAGCUCGAAGCGCAUGGGUUGAAUAAUACCACCAUCACUCAUCGCGAUGUGUGUGCUAAAGGUUUCACCAUCGACGGGGCGGGCUUUUUAAAUGCUGAUGCCGUAUUCUUGGACUUGCCCAGUCCCUGGGACGCUAUCACUCAGUUGGAUCCGGUGAUGGCUGCCGAUAAAAAGAUAAACAUCUGUUGUUUCAGUCCUUGUAUCGAACAGGUUGAUCGUACCGUCAAAGCGCUUCAGGAACACGGGUGGACGAAGAUCGAGAUGGUCGAGGUGAAUAACCGUCGCUGGGAGGCGAGAAGGGAAAUGGUUAAGGAUGUUUCGGACGUGGUGAAACGGCUAAAGAAUAUCCACCAACGGAAACAACAGGGGAUCGAGCUGUUGCGGGAGUUGAAGGCCGAACAAGAAGCGUUGGCUUCGGAAACUGAGCUGAGCCCUACUCCCGAGGCGACGCCUCAACCGAAACGGGCGAAGAAGGAGAAAGUGGUCGAGUAUAACCCGUUCGGUAAAGGAUUACGAGUGAGAGAAGGCGACGAAGGGUACCAGUGGGAACAGGUGACGCGAGUGGAACCGGAGAUUAAGACCCAUACCAGUUACUUGACGUUUGCCGUAAAGAUCCCCUGGGGAAAACAAACUAAGGAAGAGGCUAACGAAGUGGCUAAGCCUGAAGAGUCUAAGCCUGAGGAGACAAAGGAGGAGCCGGUGGCUCAAGAAUAA